UACUGACAUGACCUUUGCUUUGAUAUUUCUCAGGCUCUUACUUCAUGCCAUACUGGGCUACGAGAUAUGAUUUAGCUGCUCUCACCAUUGAACUGAUUUCCUUUAACAAGCAGUCUGGAAGCAAAUUCCAUCUCGAGUCACCAUUCUCGCACAAGCUAAAAGUGCAAACGGAAUCUGUCCAGCACAUCUAGAGCCAAGGGAUGGAUCUAUCAGCCUCAUCUUCAGCGAGGAUUAACUACGUAGGUACAUUUGCCGUAGGUACCUAGACAAUGUCUCGGGAGUUGCCCACUCACCAGGGGAGACCAGUCCGUCACGUGCCCAACACGUUUAGUCGGGGCCGGGAAGUGGCGAGCCUUCUGGGUGGUGGUCGGAGUUCCAGGAUCUGGCCGUGGCAUUGUCAGCAACGUUCAGUGCAUCGAGGCCUCUUGGCAAUCAGGUCACGACUUUGCACGACUGGGCGACUGCACGACUGGCCACCACCAACACCUACACCAGCACCAGCACCAGCACCAACACCACCACUUCCAUCCAUCCACCCCCACUUCGGACUUCAAUAAUGCUGGAUGGAUUUGAAUCUAUUCUAGGGAAGUGGACGGAUGGAUGCCUUUGCACCACCUCGGCCUGCCUGCUUUGGACCAGAACCUAUCCCAGCCUUGCCCAGCCCAGCCCACCCAAUCCAGCCAGCUGGAUGCAAGUAAGCUCAACACCAUCCCGACUCUGCGGGUCGCACUAGGGUAGGGGUACCUAUGGGGUUUACCCGGGGGCGUGGGCGUGGGCGUGGGCGCGGCGCGGCGCCAAUACACCACCUCAUGAACAUUUGGAAGCUCGUAUGUUUUCCUCUUGGCACGCAGCAGUCGCAUGUGAGAUGAGGUUCGAGCCCAGCAAAUCGAGUUUUUCCAUUAUCUAUGCCACUAAAACCUAGCCCUAUCGUCGGCGAGGGCUUACCGAAAAAUGGCAGUAGGGCAGAGCCGCGGUGGCUGCCAACAGUCCACUUUGGCACCCUCCCAGAGCUUCGAGGCUUGGGCCAAAGAUACGGACUUCGGCUCCGCUAGCCAUACACAGUCAAUACGUGAGUGGCACAACUCAGCUAGACUUUCGGAGCCCACAGGAAAUUGCUGCAGAGAAACAUGAUCAGGACCUGCGGCAUAGUUUGCUUGAGGUCAUGACAUUUGGACGUCAAAAUGGACCAGACCGUCUGUCUGACUGGGGGAGAAGUCAAGUCCAUAUAACACCCUGUGCUCCUCACCAAGAUUUCGAUUCUGCACAGCAAUCAUCUUCCUCAUUCUUGAUUCGUCACAAGUCUCUCGAAUCCUCUCAUAAUGCACGCACAACACUUGUCACUGCUGGCUGCCGCCUUGUUCGGCGCAAAGGCGUAUGCCGGGAUCAAGGCUUGGGCAUCUCCAGAGUAUGUUCAACACCGCCUUCGUGACACAAAAAUAAUUCUCAGCCUCAACUUGCCUAUCUCCCAAAACAUGAGAAAUCUCAUCAUUUCCAUAGCUAAUUUGACUUAGAUACAAGGAGAUCUUCCAAAACGCACUUCCAAUUCCGCCUCCACUUGCCUCUACUGGCAGUUACACCAACUCAAAUACCGGAAAGACGAUUAAAUACUUUGAGAUUGAGAUCAAAGACUUCGAGAAGCAAAUCUAUAAGGAUUUGCAAACUACCUCGCUUACUGGUUACAAUGGCAUGGCUCCUGGGCCAACCAUACAUGUAACAAGAGGAGAGGAGGCAGUUGUUCGCUUUAUCAACAAGUCAAAGCGUGACUCGUCUAUCCAUCUUCACGGAUCAUACUCGAGAACUCCUUUUGAUGGUUGGGCUGAGGAUGUCAUCUCCAACGGGCAGUACAAAGAUUAUUACUAUCCCAAUGCCCAGCCAGAGCGAACAUUGUGGUAUCACGACCAUGCCAUUGGUGAGACAGCAGUCAACGCCUACUUCGGGCAAGCGGGUUUCUACAUCCUAAAGGAUCCCAAUUCUGAUCUUAGGCUUCCUUCUGGAGAAUAUGAUGUUCCUUUGAUGCUUGCCACUAAGCAAUUCCUCAGCACGGGAAAAUUACUCUCACCAGAGAACGAGCGUGACAGCUUGUUCGGAGAUGUGAAUACUGUCAAUGGUCAGCCAUGGCCAUUCAUGAACGUUGAGAACCGCAAGUACAAGUUCAGACUUCUCGAUGCAUCCAUCUCCAGAUCCUACAACCUCUAUCUUGUUGCCGAUGCCGAUCCUAAGACCAGGAUUCCAUUCACUGUUGUUGGUGCUGAUGCUGGCUACCUCGAUCAUCCCGUUCAAACUACAUCGCUUGUCAUCUCCAUGGCUGAAAGAUGGGAGAUCAUCAUUGACUUCGACAAGUACAAGGGCCAAAACAUGACCUUGAUGAACGAGCGGGACUUCCAAACGAACCCUGAUUACCCCGCCACUGACCGCGUUCUUCGCUUCGUUGUUGGCAAUGACACGAGCUCAUCUGACGGCAAUGGCAACAUUCCAGAGCACUUGGCUGACCUCGCAAUUCCUGCUUCACGCACCACAAUCGAUCAGACUUUCGAAUUUGGCAGAACAAAUGGUCAAUGGCUCAUCAACGGCGUCGGCUUUGAGGACGCAAAGAACCGUAUUGUUGCCUACCCCAGCCAAGGAAAGACACAAAGAUGGAGACUGAUCAAUAAGAGUGGUGGAUGGAGUCACCCGAUCCACAUUCAUCUCAUCGAUAUGCAGGUUGUUGCCCGCUCUGGUGGUCGCGGUGCAGUGACUCCUUAUGAAGCUGCUGCUCUCAAGGAUGUGGUUUAUCUGGGAACCAACGAGCAAGUCGAUGUUAUCGCCAACUUCGCCCCAUGGUCCGGACUGUACAUGUUCCAUUGCCACAACUUGGUUCACGAAGAUCAUGAUAUGAUGGCCGCCUUCAACGUCUCACAGGUUGAUCUGUCAACUUACGGUUACCCCGAGAAAGUCUCUUUCAACGACCCAAUGGCGCCUCUCUUCCGAGCCAAGGCAUACAGUGGAACCGAUAUGGCAGCUGUACAGGAUGUUAUGCUUCCAGGAAUGCAGAAUAUGGAUGCUUACCCAGAUGCUAAGGCUAUGGAGAAGGCUCUUGAUGAUUACUACAAGAACCCCCCAACGUCCAAGACAAGUUCCACUGCCACUUCUACAACUACGGUGCCAAGCACAUUAGUUACAAGCACCACCACUCCAGCGAUCACGAACAAAGCGACAACGACAAAGUCUGAGGAUAAGCCAAAGACCACGUCAAAGGCCACAACCACUACCACGAAGAAGAAGUGAGGAUGAUGUACAGAGUUAUGACUUUAUGAUCUCGAUGAAAUUGUAUAUACUGUUUUUCUUAUCUAGCGAAGCCGCUCCCUUAAUAUGUUACAUGCUUUGCGCAUCGUAUCCGGCGCAGGCGGAGGAAACUAGGAGUUUAUAGAAUGUCACAUUUCCAAUUCAAUCCACUGUGCACUCACUCCUUCCAAGUUGACUCAAUGAUCAUCACGUGAAGCCCCCCAUUCUUGGAAGACAUC